CGUCGGACAGCUGCUGGCCUCGCCUCUGCUCGCUGGGCUCUGCGCCUCCCGGGUGUCCCGCAGCCAGAGCAUGGCUAUACUCCACCAGAAGCCCGUGUUGGCCCUGACUAGAGUGUUCAGGAGGAACUGGCGCGCUCUGUGCAGCUCGGAAAGGACGACUCUCUGUGGAGCCGACUCCAUGCUCCUGGCGCUGCAGCUGGCCAUGGCAGAGAACAAUCAGUUGCACUACGGAGAAUUUGCAGUCUUGCUCAGCGAUGUCCUGAUGACGUGGAAAUACUUCCUGCAUGAGAAACUGGACUUACCUGUUGAAAAUAUGGUAGUGGUUGACCGUUAUGAGGACAUUAAGAAGACUUAUGAAGACUUCUUGAGGAAUAGUAAUAUGCUAGAUCUGAUUGAUGUUUAUAAAAAAUGUAGGAUUUUGACUUCUAAUUCUGAAAAUAAAGACAUUAUAGGCCCUAUUCAUCUGCGUGAUUUCCUGUCGGGCGGAGAGUGUGAAGGAGAUGAGGAAGCCCGUCUUUCUACCCCAGCAUCACCCCUGAACUGCAGGCAGGAGGAUGCCAAGGAGAAGCUACUAGCAAGGACAGUUUUCUUUUCAUAUUUAAACCUGCUGGUGAACUCCAAGAAUGACCUGGCACUGGCUCAUAUUCUCAAUAUUCCCGACAGAGGGCUGGGGAGAGAUGCCUUCACUGACUUGAAGCACGCUGCUCGAGAGAAGCAGAUGUCUAUCUUUUUGGUGGCCACGUCUUUUAUUAGAAGUAUCGAGCUUGGAGGGAAAGGCUAUGCACCCUCGCCUUCUGACCCGCUCAGGACGCAUGUGAAGGGAUUGUCUAAUUUUAUUAAUUUAAUUGACAAACUACAUGAGAUUCUUGGAGAAGAGCCAAACCCAAGCAUCGCAGGGGGGCGGUUACUGUCGGUAAUAAAGACGCAGCUGAUUAAAGGCCGAAGCAGCGAGGCUUCAUUCUGCAAAGCGGUAGAAGAAGUUGCUCAGGAUUUGGAUUUGAAGAUUAAAAAUAUUGUCAGUUCUCAACAAGAGGGCGGCGCUCUGGGCCCCACUGACAUAAGCCCUGCACGGCCGAAAGCUCAUGCCAUCAACCACGGCACUGCCUACUGCGGCAGGGACACUGUGAAAGCCUUACUGGUUCUUCUGGAUGAAGCAGCAGCCAGCGUGCCUGCCGGAAACAAAGCGGAGCUUUUGUACGGCGACGGGAGCACAGCCCGCUGCGACGGGAUGUCUGUCCUCACACUCUUCAGCUCUCCUACACGAGUGGAUAAUUCAUUGAUGAAACCCCUAAGAGAACGCAUCAGUAAGUCUGUGCAAGAGAAGAAAAUCAAGAUGAAGCAAACCUUAAUUAGAUCCCAGUUUUCUUGUACUUAUAAGGAUGAUUGCUUGAUAAGCAAGGAUAAGCAGAAUAACAUUAAGUCAGCAGUGAAGCCUUUGUGUGUUCUUCACGGGAAAAACGGCCCUUCUGAGGGUGUAGAUUCCUCUCUUGGAAGACCAACAAUUGGAACACAUUCUGGAAAUGUGCAUCUGGACAGAAGUAAAAAUGACCAAGGAUCAGGAAAAUCAAAUAGUCAGGCAGGAAAUAAAAGCUCCAAAAGGAAGCAGGUGGAUUUCAACGGUGAAAACAUUUUCUGUGAUGAUGGCAAUCAGCCACCUCGACAUAAAAGUGUUAAGAUGCCUGAAAUGUCAGGGGACUUGCGGAAGAAGCCUUUAGCCAGAGCAGCGAAAGGCGGCGCGCGUGCUCCCAGGACCAAGCUGAUCAGCGGCCAGACAAGGCUAACGCAGUUUUUUAUGCUGUGAUUCUGUCUUUGAUGU